GUGUGUGUGUGUGUGUGUGUGUGUGUGUGUGUGUGUGUGUGUGUGUGUGUGUGUGUGUGUGUGUGUGUGUGUGUGUGUGUGUGUGUGUGUGUGUGUGUGUGUGUGUGUGUGUGUGUGUGUGUGUGUGUGUGGAUUAACCAGCAGUUGAGUGUAAGACUGACCUGUAAUAACAGCUCUGCUCUGAUAACUGAAACCUUCACUGCAGUGACAUGGAGCGCAGACAUCAAGGGCUGUUGGAGAAAGAGCCUCAACAGGAAGCGGAGGAGGACACGGGGUCAGAGGUGAACUUUGACAAUAGCAUAACAGAGGAGGAGAGAGAGGAAAUGAACAAUCAGCUGACUAAGCUGGAGGAAGAAAUCUUCAUGUUAAAACAAGUGCUGGCCUCCAAAGAGAGGCGUCAUGCUGAGCUGAAACACAGGCUGGGCAUCACAGCAUUAGGUGAACUGAGACAGAACCUGGGCAGGAGCUGGACCGACGUUCAGUCGAACACAGUAUACAAAAAGACGUCCGAGACUCUCAAUACGGCAGGACAGAAAACCACAGCAGCCAUCAGUACCCUGGGUUCAGCCCUCAGCAGGAAGCUUGGAGAUGUCAGGAACUCCUCCAGCUUCAGGUCUUUUGAGGAGAAGGUUGAAAACACCGUCUCUAACAUUAAGUCGAAGGUUGGAGGAACGCCUGGUGGAGGAAGUUUUGAGGACGUCCUCUCAUCAGCAGCGCAGGCCAGUGCUCACCAUAAUGACCAAACAACAACAAACACUAACAUCCCAGAAAAGAGCAGCCCUCGACUGAGUCCAGACUCCACUUCACUACAGACAUGAACCUGGCCUGAUGGAGCUCUGCUGCUCCUCAGUGGCCGGGAGGGGACAUCACCUACCUCCCUGAUACAGACUUUCUGAGGUCCAUUACCAAACGUUUUACCAGGGAUCUGGUUAUUAACUCAUCUGUGCUAACUUUCCUUUACCAUUUGACCUCAGGUGAAUCAGUUACCUUAUUAAAGGUACAUGGGUCGAAUUUUGGCAGCUUUGGUGAACUACACCAGCCGAUGUUUUGUUCCAGCAAUCAUGGUAUGACAAUAUCUCAGCCAUUUAGCUGGAGUCUGCCAAGUUUUCGUUUGAGAGCAGUAAACAUUAUGGUGAAGGGCUUAUGAGUGCACGUCUUUAUCCUGACCAGCAGGAGAAAUGUAAAACUGUCUGUCUAACUCUGUAUUUUGCCUGUUGUUUUCAGUCUUAUUGUUUCAGCAAUUCUGUUUCAUCAGUUUCUGCAGAUAUUUUUUACCUUGUUUUAAUAACAAACGUAAUAAAAUGUGUACUAGUGCACCUUAAA